CGUUCCCUGUAGAAAAUUCAACUUUCUUUUAUUUCAGAUUGUUCAGCACAAUUGUUAUUGAAGAAGAUGGAGCAGAUACAAAAACUGUUGUGCCUUCUCAUUGGGUUGACCCAUGUAAAAGUAUUGUGUUUUAUCCACCACGAGGACGGAAAACUGUUGCUGUUUAUCUAUCUGAAUGGGCAGAACCUGGGGUAGGCUGGCAAGAGUUUAAACUGAUAGAAUAUAUUCUUGAAGCUGGCAGCUAUGAAACUUGCCACACAAUGUUAAUGUUUCAAACAGAAGAUGAGGAUGAUGAUGUACCUAUUUCGAAAAAGUUUGAAAUAAUUGUUAAAGAAAGAGUUGCUAGUCCAAAACUUAAGCUUGGUGGAAUAAAAACAAAAUUUCAAUAUUUAGACGAACAUGAUGACGUUUCUAUUUCGAAAAAGUUUGAAAUUAUCGAUAAAGAAAGAUUGGCUAGUCCAAAACAUAAGCUUGGUGGAAUCAAAACAGAAUUUCAAUAUUUAGACGAACAUGAUGACGUUCCUCUUUCGAAAAAGUUUGAAAUUAUUGAUAAAGAAAGAUUGGCUAGUCCAAAACAUAAGCUUGAUGGAAUCAAAACAGAAUUUCAAUAUUUAGACAAACAUGAUGACGUUCCUAUUUUGAAAAAGUUUGAAAUUACCGAUAAAGAAAGAUUGGCUAGUCCAAAACAUAAGCUUGGUGGAAUCGAAACAGAAUUUCAAUAUUUAAAUGAGGAGAAAGUUGUUCCUAGUUCAAACAAAUUUGAAGUUAAAGAAAGAGAAAGUAGAUAGUUUUUUGGAUCCUGUGGCUUCUACUCCUAGUAAAAUGAUUGAUGAUGAUAAUAGAGAUAGUUGUAAAUGUGUUGAAAAGUUAAGAAAAAUUGGUGAUGGUGGAGUUUCGUUUAAAGAGAUGCCAAAUAAACAAUUUCAAUAUGCUUUGUUCAUGGAUAUCCAGAAAAAUUUUCGCCAGAUCCAAGAUACGCAAGCUCAAAUCCUAGAUAGGCUUAAAAACAUUGAACAAAGUGGAGAUGUUGAUUUUAGUUUGAAUGUUGACGAUAUUGAAAAAGAACCAAUAAGUUCAAUUGAGAGAUUCGAUAUUAUUGAAAAUAUGUUAAAAACAAGCACAAAUGCAAGAAAACGCAAGGUUACUCAAAUUAGAGCAGUUGGAGGAGCGACUCCACGGAAAACGAUUAAAAAUGUUUUGAAUGCAGUCAUGACCCAAGGUAUUCAGGCAUUGUUUAGCAAGGACGGGAGAAAAGGAAA